UCCCACGUUUAGUUACCGUGUUUGCUGAUUCUAUGGUAACGCUAUGGUAAUGUUAACUUACCUUAGACAAGUCCUCUGAUCACUAUGGUAUGACAGUAACAGUUAACUUUAGAACUAAGACGAGAUAUUAAAGGUGUUGAAUUCAGAGGUUUGUUGCUGAAGAUGGCUUCCUCUCCUGACGUCUUCAACACCAGAAGUCUAAAAGCAAUGUCCAAGUUUCCAGUGUUGCCUCCGAUUGCAGGCUCGCAGCAGCGGGAAGAGGCCGAACAGACAGCGGCAGCUAAGGCGAUAGUCGAUAAGAUGAGGGUUCAGAAGAAGCUGCUGCGACACAGGAGGAGUAAAGUACAACAAGAGCAGCUACAUAAGAUAUUGGUGUCUAGAGCGAUGGAGGCCCACAGACAGAGUCAUGAGCGAGACACAGAGCGCAACCACUCACCAGAGCCACAGUUUCCAUCAACAAUGUUUAGUGAGGACUUGAAACGUAAGAUGAACUACAGGUUCCUUAAACAGCGCGUGGAGAGUCGCCCAUUUGCUCCAAUUCAGCAGCAGUGGCUGGACUCUGUUGUUUCCCGAGUACCACCUAAGCUGAAAGAGAGCCCUGCCACAAACUGUCUUCUACAGGAGCUGUGCACAGAAAUCCGCAAUGACUUUCAUCGCGUCAUUGUCAAACACACAGUUGACACAGUGCUAAGGAAUCCAGAAAUGGAAGCACAAAACUCAGAAAGCCAGAAAGCUGCUCAACCAAAAAUGUUUGACUUCUCCCGACCCUGGCAUGAUAGUUUCAUCAGAAGCUGCAAGAUGUUAAAAGCAAAUUUGCAUAUUCUUCAUCCAGUGAUGCAAACUGUCUUAGAUAUUAGCCACAUGACAUUUUCUCCACUGGUCCUGGUUGAUCUUACUAGAUGCAGGGCUUCAGGACCUGUGGACUGCAGAAGUCUACAGCACACAGCUGCGUUGGAGUGUAAAAGGACAGAAGAUCGUAUCAUGAAUACCUGGUUUCCAAAAGUCAUCCACUUACUAACUAAUAAAGAAACACAAAAAGGAAUUAAAGAGGGGUCAUUGGACUCUUUCUACAACUGUGCAUCCACUCUUAUUUCCAAUCAGCUGAAAUCUCUUCUGCACACAAGUGUGGAGAAGUUUGUCGAUCUCUUCGAUUCAAGCAAUGACCACCACUUGCCUCUUUUUCGAAUGGCUCUCACAUUCGAUGAUGAAAAGAUAGAAAUUUACCCCACAUUACAAGACUUGGAGGCUUCUGUGCUGGAGAUUUUUAAUGCCAUCACAAAUACAUUACAGAAAGUCCAGACGGUCCAGUCAUGGUUGACACAAGCCACACCUUCAUAUGUGGAUGCCAAGGUUGCAGAUCACAUCCUUGCUUGGGCUCAGGACACUAUAAAGAACGCUGUAUCAAAGAAUCUGGAGGAACCUGAAAAGUAUUUUCAGCGAUAUGUUGAUACCUAUGACUGGCUAGUCAAUGGCACAGCACAGGCACGAGUGGAGAUGUUCAUAGAAGGGGAGCACUCUUUUGAUGAAUAUACUAAGCAAGUGGAGGAGUUCCGCGCUCUGUCAAAGGAAAUUACGGGCUUUCCGUCAAAAGCCCAUUUCGCUAUGGUCCAUCUGGAUUGUGAGGAGCUCAAACAAGGGCUGGCCAACAAAGCCAGAACCUAUGCUGAAAGCCUUCUGAAGAAACUGGCCAUCAGCCACCGGGAGGAUAAUCUGCUGAUCUGCUCUGAAUUUGAAAACAUCAGAGAGAAAACUCAGAAGGUUCCACAGACCAUAGAGGACAUGGCCAAGAUGACUGAUUACAUACAUGUGACAAAGACAAAGGGUGUUGCAGAACUUAAUGAAAAAAUAAGGGAAGCUUACUGCAGACUGAUCUACCUCCUGGAUGUCCACAUUAUUGACCCAGAGGAUUUGGAGCUGAAUUCAGCUGUCUUUUUAUGGCCUGUCGAUGUCCUCCAUGUUUUUGAAUUCACUGAUGAGGUUAUGCAUAUAGCCAAGCAGCGUGGAGAGCAGGAGCUGCUUGCAAGAAGAGAAAAAUUAAUGGUACAGCUGGAGAAGUUGGGAUGCAGGAUAAGGGAAUUCCCAUAUUGCUCUGAACUUGAAAUGAUGCAGCAGUAUGUUACAGAUGUUAGAACAGUUCAGAAACUUCUCCAGGAGGCUGAGGAAGAAAUCAGUGUCAUUAACAAAGCUGAGGCAUUCUUCAAUUCAGACCUAACAAGUUAUCCUGAAGUUGAAGUAAUUAAAGACACUAUUGAACCGUAUCAGAAGCUGUUUGGACUUGUACUCCACUGGCAGCGUACAGAAAACAGAUGGAUGGAUGGAUCCUUCCAAGACCUAGAUGGCGAGAGCAUGGAGGUGAAAUUGGACGAGUUCUAUAGAGAGAUCUUUAAGAUGCAAAAGUCAUUUCAACAGAAACAGAACAAGGCUGAGCAGGAGAUGGAGAAGAUUGCUGGGAAGACUCGGCAACGUCCUGGUGAGGACGAUCAAAAGAAGCAGGAGAGCUCCACUAUAGCUUUGUGCUCCAUGGUCAUACAGCAGAUCAAAGAGUUUAAGGAACUUAUCCCUCUAGUGUCAAUCCUGUGUAAUUCAGGAAUCAGAGCCCGUCAUUGGGAGGAGAUGUCUAGAGUGGCCGGCUUUAGCCUCACUCCAGACUCUGGUACUACACUACGUAAACUGCUCAAACAAAACCUGACUCCUUACCUGGAAGAGUUUGAAUCCAUCAGCUCUGUAGCUAGUAAAGAAUCUUCGCUGGAGAAGGCUAUGCAAACUAUGGUGCAAAUGUGGGAUCAAAUUACUUUCCAACACCAACCCUACAGGGAGACUGGAGUAUCCAUCCUGAUGGCUUUAGAUGAAAUUCAGACAAUGCUAGAUGACCAGAUUGUGAAGACCCAGACUAUGAGAGGGUCACCAUUUAUAAAACCCUUGGAAAGAGAGAUCAAGCAAUGGGAGGAGCGUCUUCUUCUCAUCCAGGAAACGAUAGAUGAAUGGUUGAAGGUGCAGUCUCAAUGGCUUUACCUGGAGCCCAUCUUCUCCUCUCAGGACAUCAUGCAACAGAUUCCAGAAGAGGGACGACUUUUCCAAAGUGUUGAUAAAACCUGGAAAGAGGUCAUGAGGCACUGUAUCAAGGAUCCUAAGAUUCUACCUGCAACUUCAUUGCCUGGUCUGCUGGAGAAAUUGCAAAAUUGCAACAACCUACUAGAUAGUAUCAUGAAAGGACUGAAUGCAUAUCUGGAGAAGAAGCGUCUCUUUUUUCCACGAUUCUUCUUUUUGUCCAAUGAUGAAAUGCUGGAGAUUCUAUCUGAGACCAAAGACCCUCUGAAAGUGCAGCCUCAUCUAAAAAAAUGCUUUGAGGGUAUUUCUAAACUAGACUUUCGGCCUAAUCUGGAUAUUCAGGCCAUGUAUAGCAGUGAAGGAGAGUGUGUUCAGCUAAUCCAACAUAUCUCCACGUCUGAAGCCAAAGGAGCUGUAGAGAAGUGGCUGGUGCAGGUGGAGGAUGUGAUGAUUCGCAGUGUCAGAGAUGUAGUAGCCCGAUCCAGAGUGGCCUAUGCAGAGACUGCUCGAAACCAGUGGGUCAAGGAGUGGCCAGGGCAGGUUGUGCUUUGCACCUCCCAACUGUUCUGGACCUCAGAGGUUCAUGAAGCCAUCAGAGCAGGGGCUGACGGUUUGAAAAACUACUAUGAGCAGCUCCAGAGUCAGUUAAAUGACAUUGUAGAGCUGGUCAGAGGCAAGCUGCCCAAACAAACACGAAUCACAUUAGGGGCGCUGGUCACCAUCGAUGUCCAUGCCAGAGACGUGGUCAUGGAGCUUAUCGAGAAAGGUGUCUCACGUGAAACAGACUUUCACUGGUUAGCACAACUACGUUAUUACUGGAGCAAUGACAACGUCCGUGUUCGCAUAAUCAACUGUGAUGUAAAAUAUGCCUACGAGUACCUGGGGAACUCUCCACGCCUGGUCAUCACUCCACUGACUGACCGAUGCUACCGUACCCUGAUUGGAGCUUUCGCCCUGAACUUGGGUGGUGCACCUGAGGGUCCCGCUGGAACAGGAAAAACCGAAACCACCAAAGACCUAGCCAAAGCUCUAGCUGUGCAGUGUGUGGUCUUCAACUGUUCUGAUGGGCUGGAUUACUUAGCUAUGGGCAAAUUUUUCAAGGGUCUAGCCUCCUCGGGUGCAUGGGCAUGCUUUGAUGAGUUCAACCGUAUUGAGCUGGAGGUGUUGUCGGUAGUUGCUCAGCAAGUACUGUGCAUACAGAGGGCCAUCCAGCAAAAGCUGGAGUUCUUUGACUUUGAAGGAACUAUGCUCAAACUCAAUCCCAACUGCUUUGUUUCUAUCACAAUGAACCCUGGCUAUGCAGGACGCUCAGAACUCCCAGACAACCUCAAGGUGCUGUUCCGAACAGUGGCCAUGAUGGUCCCCAACUACGCCCUGAUAGCAGAGAUCUCUCUGUAUUCAUAUGGCUUCUUCAAUGCCAAACCGCUGUCUGUGAAGAUAGUGAUGACCUACAGACUCUGUUCUGAGCAGCUCUCUUCCCAGUUCCAUUAUGAUUAUGGCAUGAGAGCUGUUAAAGCUGUGCUAGUUGCUGCAGGCAACCUCAAGCUCAGGUUCCCUGAUGAGAAUGAGGACAUACUGCUCCUGAGGUCAAUAAAGGAUGUUAACGAGCCAAAAUUUCUCUCCCAUGAUAUUCCGCUAUUCAAUGGCAUUACCAGUGAUUUAUUCCCAGGCAUCUCCCUCCCUGAGGCUGACUACCAGCUGUUUCUGGAGGCUGCUGUCGAGUGCUGCAAAAGUCAUAAUGUACAGUCAUCAGUUGUGUUCAUACAGAAGAUGAUUCAGACGUAUGAGAUGAUGAUAGUCAGACAUGGGUUCAUGCUGGUUGGAGAGCCUUAUUCAGGAAAGACCAAAGUGCUACACGUUCUAGCUGAUACGCUGACUCUCAUGAAUGAGAGAGGGUUCGGUGAGGAGAAAGUCACCUUCAGGACAUUGAACCCAAAGGCUAUCACUAUGGGGCAGUUAUUUGGACAGUUUGACCCAGUUUCCCAUGAGUGGACAGAUGGAAUUGUGGCCAACACAUUUCGUGAGUUUGCAUCGACUGACACCCCAGAUCGUAAAUGGGUUGUGUUUGAUGGACCCGUAGAUACACUGUGGAUUGAGAGCAUGAACACUGUGCUGGAUGACAACAAAAAGUUGUGCCUGAUGAGUGGUGAGAUUAUUCAAAUGUCCAAUCAAAUGAGUCUGAUUUUUGAAGCGAUGGAUCUCUCACAGGCUUCUCCUGCCACUGUCAGUCGUUGUGGUAUGAUCUACAUGGAAUCAUCUCAGUUGGGAUGGGAGCCCUUAGUGAACUCCUGGAUGAACACAAUUCCUGAGCCUCUACAGAGCCCAGACAGUCAUUCCCUCCUGCUGGAGCUCUUCCACUGGCUGCUGCCACCUGCCCUCAAGAUGCUUCGUAAACACUGCAGAGAAGUUGUUUCCACUAGCAACAGUAACACUGUGAUGUCUUUGUGUCGACUGUUUGAGAUGCUGCUCACUGAACCAAUAAAGACGGAUGCCGGGGAUAAAAAUAGUCGCACCUGGAUCAUGGCAGCCUUUGCAUUCUCUCUGGUGUGGUCUGUGGGCGGUAGUUGUGAUGCAAACAGCAGAGAGAGGUUUAGUGAGUUCUUCAGGGCGACUGUGGCAGGAAAGAACGAAGAGCAUCCAGUCCCUGUCACUGUAGGGAAAUGGGAGUGUCCAAUGGACGAGAAAGGCCUAGCGUACGACUAUUUUUAUGAGUUUAAAGGAAAAGGCCAGUGGGUUCACUGGAACGAUGCCAUUAAGAAUGUCAACCUAGGAAACAAAAACACCAAAGUGCAAGAGAUCAUUGUUCCCACCAUAGACACGGUUCGCUACACCUACCUCAUGGACCUCUGCAUCACCUUUGGAGUACCUCUUCUGUUUGUUGGUCCUACUGGCACUGGAAAGUCAGUAUAUGUAAAGGAGAAACUGAUGAACAAUCUUGACAAAGAUGGCUAUUUACCUUUCUUCAUCAAUUUUUCAGCCCGAACUAGUGCAAACCAAACCCAGAACAUCAUCAUGUCCAGGUUGGAUAAGAGGAGGAAGGGAGUGUUUGGACCUCCAAUGGGAAAGAAGUGUGUGAUCUUUGUAGACGAUAUGAACAUGCCUGCACUAGAACAGUUUGGGGCACAGCCCCCUGUGGAGCUUCUGCGGCAAUUCAUUGAUCAUGGAAACUGGUAUGAUCUAAAGGAUACCUCCAGGAUUACGCUAGUCGACCUCCAGCUCAUCGCAGCCAUGGGGCCCCCUGGUGGUGGAAGGAAUGCUGUGACUGCUCGCUUCCUGCGCCACUUCAACAUUUUCAGCAUUAACACAUUUAGUGAUGACACCAUGGUUCGCAUUUUUUCUAAUGUGGUGGCCUUUUAUUUCAAAAACUAUGAAUUCCCACCUGAAUAUUUUACUCUUGGUAAACAAAUAGUGACCGCUACAAUGGAGGUAUAUAAGAAAGCCAUGGAGCACCUGCUUCCAACUCCAGCCAAGUCUCACUAUACUUUUAACCUACGGGACUUCUCACGUGUUAUCCAAGGCUGCCUGCUGCUGAAGAAGGAAUCUCUGGAGAACAAGCACACUAUGACUCGAUUGUUUGUGCAUGAGGUCUUUCGGGUCUACUAUGACCGCCUGGUUGAUGACAAAGAUCGGGCAUGGCUCUACCAGCUGAUGAAAAAUAUUGUAAAAGAUCAUUUUAAAGAAUCAUUUGACCAGAUGUUUGAUCACCUGAAACAAGGAAGCAAAUUAGUUGAGGAAGACAUGCGGAAUCUUCUGUUUGGUGACUACAUGAAACCUGACCAGGAGGAGGACCAGCGCCUGUAUGCCGAGGUGCCUUCUAUGGAGAGCUUUGCUCAGGUUGUGGAGUCAUGUCUUGACGAGUACAACCAGAUGCACAAAAAUGGCAUGAACCUUGUGAUCUUCCGCUACGUCCUGGAGCAUCUGUCACGCAUCAGUCGAGUGCUGAAGCAGCCAGGAGGCAAUGCCUUGCUUGUGGGAGUGGGAGGCAGUGGACGCCAGUCUAUCACCCGCCUGUCCACUUCCAUGGCCCACAUGAACAUGUUCCAGCCUGAGAUCUCAAAGAGCUAUGGCAUGAAUGAGUGGAGAGAUGACCUCAAGAUGCUGUUGAAAAAUGCUGGGGUGAAAGGCCAGAAAACAGUUUUUCUGCUAACUGAUGCUCAGAUCAAAGAUGAGGCUUUUCUUGAAGAUGUGGACAGUGUCCUGAACACAGGAGAGGUGCCCAAUCUGUUUGGGAUUGAUGAGAAACAAGAGAUAAUGGAGGCAGUGCGUCCCAUUGCCCAGGCUGGUAAUAAGAAUGUGGAGCUGAGCCCUUUGACUCUGUUUGCGUUUUUUGUGGCUCGCUGUAGAGAAAACCUCCACAUUGUUGUGGCCUUCAGUCCUAUUGGUGAUGCUUUUCGAAAUCGUCUGCGCCAGUUUCCAUCUCUUAUCAACUGCUGCACAAUUGACUGGUUCCAGCCAUGGCCAGAGGAGGCUCUCGAGCGAGUAGCCAACACUUACCUGGGGUCACUGGAGAUGAAUGAAAAUGAGAGACAGGAGGUCAUUCCCAUUUGCAAAACAUUUCAUACCUCUGCCCAGCAGCUCUCAAAUAGAUUUCUUUCUGAGCUUGGACGCCAUAAUUAUGUGACACCCACUUCCUACUUGGAGCUAAUAGCAGCUUUCCGUUUGCUGCUUACGGAGAAAAGAGAUGCGGUUAUGAGGGCUAAACACAGGUAUACCAAUGGCCUGGAUAAACUUGCCUUUGCUGAAUCACAGGUGGGUGAGAUGAAGAAGGAACUUGUAGACCUGCAGCCCAAACUGGAAAAGGCAAAAAUAGAAAACAGCAAAAUGAUGAAGGUAAUUGAAGUAGAGUCUGUGGAGGUGGAAGCCAAAAGUAAAGUUGUGCGUGUUGAUGAGGAGGCAGCAACUGUUAAAGCCAAUGAGGCUCAGGCUCUGAAGGAUGAGUGUGAAAGUGACUUGGCUGAGGCCAUUCCUGCACUGGAGGCUGCUCUCUCUGCCUUGGACACUUUGAAGCCCUCUGACGUCACGAUUGUGAAGUCAAUGAAAAAUCCCCCUCCUACUGUGAAGUUGGUAAUGGCAGCUUUGUGUGUGAUGAAAGACGUGAAGCCUGAUAAGAUAUCUGACCCUGCUGGCAGUGGAAAAAAGAUUUUAGACUACUGGAGUCCAAGCAAGAAGCUACUGGGUGAUAUGAACUUCCUACGAGAUCUCAAAGAAUAUGACAAGGACAAUAUUCCUGUCCCUGUGAUGCAAAAAAUACGGAGUGAGUACAUGACAAAUCCUGACUUUGACCCCAGCAUAGUGGCAAAGGCCUCCUCUGCAGCAGAGGGCCUGUGCAAAUGGAUCAAAGCAAUGGAGGUGUAUGACAGGGUGGCAAAGGUUGUUGCUCCUAAGAAGGCCAAUCUUGACGAAGCCCAGAGGUCCCUAGCAUCAACCAUGGCCCUGCUGGAUCAGAAGAGAGGUGAACUGAAAGAGGUGGAAGACCGUUUGGCAGCACUUCAGAAAACCUUUGAGGAGAAAACAGAAGAGAAAGCCCAGCUCGAGUUCCAGGUGGAUUUAUGUGCUAAGAAACUAGAGAGGGCUGAGAAACUCAUCGGUGGUCUAGGUGGAGAGAAGACCAGGUGGUCAAAGGCAGCGGAUGAUCUGCAGAACACAUAUGACAACCUGACGGGGGAUGUUCUUAUUUCUGCUGGUGUCAUUGCAUACCUGGGUGCCUUCACUGCUGGCUUCAGACACGACUGCACCAAGUUAUGGACCAAACUCUGUCAAUCUAAGAACAUUCCAUCAUCAGAUGACUUCUCUGUCAGUAAGACCCUGGGAGAUCCCAUUAAGAUUAGGUCUUGGAACAUCGCCGGCCUUCCCACUGAUUCCUUCUCUAUUGACAAUGGUGUCAUAGUCAGCAAUUCACGAAGAUGGCCAUUAAUGAUUGACCCUCAGGGUCAGGCCAACAGGUGGGUGAAGAAUUCAGAGAAAGACAACAACCUAAGUGUAAUCAAGCUGACUGACUCAGACUACAUGAGAACUUUGGAAAACUGUAUUCAGUUUGGAACACCUCUGCUGCUGGAAAACGUGGGAGAGGAGCUGGACCCGUCACUUGAACCACUGUUACUUAAACAAACAUUCAAACAAGGUGGCAUGGAAUGCAUCAGACUCGGCGAGAGUGUGACUGAAUACUCACACGAUUUCCGUUUCUAUAUCACGACUAAGUUGAGAAACCCCCACUAUCUACCAGAACUGGCCACUAAGGUGUCCUUACUGAAUUUCAUGAUCACCCCAGAGGGCUUGGAGGACCAGCUGCUUGGGAUUGUGGUUGCCAAGGAGAGGCCUGAACUUGAAGAAGAGAGAAAUGCACUAAUCCUACAGUCGGCUGCCAAUAAGAGGCAGCUAAAAGAAAUUGAGGACAAGAUCCUGGAGACACUGCAGUCCUCUGAGGGAAACAUACUGGAGGAUGAAAGUGCCAUUCAGAUCCUAGACUCCGCAAAGAUCAUGUCCAAUGACAUUACUGAGAAACAGCAGAUUGCGGAGAAGACAGAGAUGAAAAUAGCAGAAUCUAGAGAGGGUUACAGGGCCAUCGCCAAGCACUCCGCCAUCCUGUUCUUUAGCAUUGCUGAUCUCACCAACAUAGAUCCGAUGUACCAGUACUCUCUCAGCUGGUUUGUCAACCUCUACAUUAAAUCUAUACAGGACAGUAACAAGUCACACAUUCUGGAGAGGAGGCUUCAGUACCUGAAAAGUUACUUCACUGCUAAUUUGUACCUCAAUGUUUGCCGCUCUCUUUUUGAGAAAGACAAACUCCUCUUCUCCUUCCUCCUCUGCUGCAAUCUACAGCUAGCAAAACAAGAGAUUGAAUACACCGACUUCAUGUUUUUUCUGACUGGAGGAGUGGGCUUGCAGAACAUCACUGCUAAUCCUGACCCCAGCUGGCUACAGGACAGGAGCUGGGAUGAGCUCUGUAGAGCCAGUGAGCUGCCGGGCUUACAAGGAAUAAAAGAGGCUUUUAUCAAGAACCCUGGAGACUUCAGGCCUAUUUACGACAGCAAAGAGCCAUGGAACACUUCUCUGCCCAGUCCGUGGUGUGAGAAACUCAAUGAGCUGCAGAAAAUGAUCCUAGUUCGCUGUCUUAGGCCUGAUAAGAUAGUGCCCUCUGUGACUGAAUAUGUGACUAAAAAGCUGGGGAAGACAUUUGUACAGCCCCCUCCCUUUGACCUGAGUAAGAGCUACUUGGACUCUAACGCCACCAUUCCACUUGUGUUUGUGCUUUCUCCAGGAGCUGAUCCCAUGGCCAGCUUACUAAAAUUUGCCACUGACAAGAACAUGGGCAAUGGCAAGUUCCAGUCCAUCUCUCUGGGCCAGGGCCAGGGCCCCAUCGCUGCUAGAAUGAUAUCUACAGCCAUGCAGGAUGGCACAUGGGUGUGUUUGCAGAACUGUCACCUGGCUGUUUCCUGGAUGCCCACUCUAGAGAAAAUCUGUGAGGACUUUAGUCCAGCAACAUGCCAUCCAGACUUUCGUCUCUGGCUCACAAGCUACCCGUCAUCCAAGUUUCCCGUGACCAUUCUGCAGAAUGGGGUCAAAAUGACAAAUGAGCCUCCUACAGGACUCCGACUCAAUCUGCUACAGUCUUACUUGUCAGAUCCUAUUUCUGACCCAGACUUUUUCCAUAACUGUCCCAGUAAAGAGGUGAUAUGGGAGAGACUCCUGUAUGGACUGUGCUUCUUUCAUGCCCUUGUUCAGGAGCGGAAGAAGUUUGGUCCACUAGGCUGGAACAUUCCCUAUGGAUUCAAUGAGUCUGAUCUCCGUAUCAGCAUCAGACAGCUACAGCUGUUUGUAAAUGAAUAUGAUGAGGUUCCUUUCGAGGCCAUAACAUAUCUGACUGGCCAGUGUAACUAUGGGGGGCGUGUCACAGAUGACUGGGACAGGCGCCUUCUGCUGACGAUCCUGACAGACUUCUACAACAAGGACGUCAUUGAGAAAAUCUACUACCCUUUCUCACCUAGUGGUGAUUAUUAUGCUCCACCUAAAUCUGCCUAUGAGGAAUACAUUGAAUUCAUCAAGAAACUUCCGCUGAACCAGCACCCAGAGGUGUUUGGGAUGCACGAGAACGUGGACAUUUCUAAAGAUCUACAGCAGACAAAGUUGUUGUUUGACUCACUGCUACUGACUCAGGGUGGUGGAGCUAAGGGAGGAGGCAGCUCUGGGAGCGACAACACUCUGUAUGACAUAGCGAAUGACAUCCUCACUAAGCUUCCAGCUAAUUUUGACACAGAAUCAGCUCUGCUGAAGUUCCCAGUGCUGUACAAGGAGAGUAUGAACACUGUGCUUGUUCAGGAGAUGGAGCGCUACAACACGUUGUGCAGUACAAUUCGCACGAGUCUCCAAAACCUGCUAAAGGCCAUUAAGGGUUUGGUGGUGAUGGAUGCAGAGCUGGAAGCCGUUGCAGGCAGUCUGAUCGUGGGCAGGGUUCCAGAGAAGUGGGCCAAGCGCUCCUACCCGAGCCUGAAGCCCCUGGGAAGUUACAUUACUGACUUUCUCUCAAGGCUAAAGUUUUUGCAGGACUGGUACAACACCUGUAAGCCCCAUGUGUUCUGGCUGUCGGGCUUCUUCUUCACACAGGCCUUUCUAACAGGGGCUAUGCAGAACUAUGCCAGGAAAUACUGCAUUCCCAUUGAUCUUCUGGGCUUUGACUUUGAGGUUCUUGCCCUCGAUGAGUCAGACACAUCACCUGAGGAUGGCGUUUAUGUGAUUGGACUGUUUUUGGAUGGAGCACAGUGGGACAGAGAAAGUGGAGUUCUGGCUGAGCAGCAUCCCAAGGUCCUAUUUGACCACAUGCCCAUCAUCUGGAUAAAACCCACUGAAAAGAAAAGCAUCAGUCAGCCUCAGAUGUAUGUUUGCCCUCUUUACAAGACCAGUGAAAGGAAGGGCACCCUUUCUACCACAGGCCACUCCACCAACUUCGUCAUUUCAGUGACGCUCCCCACGAGCCUGCAGCCUCAGCACUGGAUCAAGCGUGGCGUGGCCAUGCUCUGCCAGCUCGACGACUAAGACAUUCUCCACACAAUUUACAUGAAUAAAGUGUCCAAUGAUUCACGAAACAGAGGUUUUCCUUCUAACAGAUUCAAAAGCUGCUGUAAACUAGACUAACUAUCCUCUUAAAUUACAAACAGCAUUAAUAAACCUGUGAAACCUAUAAUAUUGUCAAAAAUAUCAAUUCAAAUAAAGUGCGUGUGAGAUACA